AUGGCUCGCCCAAUCGAUUCUGUGAAGGACAUCAAUGAGUCGAAGGAAUUGUGGAAGAUUGCAGUUAGUUGUAAGCAUAUAUGGUCUGUAACAAGUUCUUCAAACAAAGAACACAUAGAGAUGGUUUUAGUUAAUUCGAAGGUGCAUGAUAUGAUUCAAGCCAUUGUCCGUACUUAUUUGGUUUCCAAAUUCAAGUCCGAACUUGCAACUGGAAGUUCUUAUAACAUGCAUAAUUUCAAAGUUUCGAAAAAUGACUUCUCUUUUAAGUCGACGAAUCAUUCUUACAAAUUGGUUUUAUGUGGAUCAACUUCUGUUAAGAAAACAGACCUUCCUGACAUUCCUGCUUACUACCUUAACCUUCUUAGAUUGGAUGCCAUAGUUGAAGGAAGGUUUCUGUUUAAUGUUUUGGUUGAUAUUCUUGGAGGUAUUACUGAGUUUUCUCAAUCUCAAAUAAAUGGAGACAACAACAAGAACAAGGUUGUUUUUACAAUUGUUGAUACCAGGGUUAAAGAAGCUCAAGGAGGUUUUCCUAUGAGUGUUUCCAACACGUGGAACGGAACGAAGUUAAUGAUUAAUGACCUUCGUUUUGAUGAAGUUAAGAAACUGAAAGAAAUUCUUGGAAAUAAUUUAGCGUUGUUAUCAACGUCAAGUCUGCAAGUUGAAGCAACCCAAAACUCAUAUUAUUCUGACUUUGACAAAUUUAUUUGGAAAGCUGAAAUAAUGAGUCUCUCUGAGAUUACAAAUCUGCAACAUUUUGAAGCUGGCCAGAUGGGAUGGUUUUAUGAUGGAUGUGUGGAAUGCAUCCGGAGUGUGGCUCUAAAGGAUGGAAAGCUGCAGUGUUAUGCAAAACAUGUAAGCUCAGAGUGUGUGCCAAGGUAUAAGCUUGAAGUAUUAGCUAUUGACGGUAAUUCCAAGGCGAAGUUCAUCUUUUGGGACACCGAUUGCGUGAAGUUAAUUGGAAAGUCUGCUCUUCAAAUGAAAAUGGAUUUGAUAGAGGAGUUUGCAAUUAGAGUUGUAUUCCAGCUUAAGAAUGCCCGACUUUCUGUCAUAGGCUUCAAAAAUGAUGAAGAUUACCGUAAGAAAAUUAAGGAUAGUUUCAAAGGCGAGGAGCACACUUCAAAACUUGAAACACCUGAUCCUUUGUCCCAAGAUGAUAUAAUCAGUUGGUCUGAACCCGUAUCUGCAUCUGCAGAUUAUGAUCCAUCAAAUGGAAAUUAUGGGUUGACUCCGUCUAAGAGGUCUCUAACUGAUGUAGUGGAAUAUGUUGAUAGUGUCCAACAAUCCUCAACCAAGUUGACCAAAGAUGUUAAAAAGGAGAAAUAG